AAACCAUGGAUAAACAAAUUUGACAUCUGCAUCCACCCCAAGCUUGAACUUAAAGUUAUAGCAGGUUGGGAGCUCUUUUGUCAUAUUUGCUUCCAUGAAUACUUUUACUUAUUUAAAAUUAUUACACAAUAGUUCAUUUGCGUGUAGACGAUUUUGUUUUCAGUUGCACUUGUUAUGAAACCACAUCCUUCCCAAGAGAACAUCCGGUGAGAGACGUUUUUCAUGAAGAUCCACAUAGGGAAUGUUUUGAUCUCUUUAACCUCUACCUCCCUUCCUUAGGAGACCAUGCAUGAUAAGGUGAUCUUUAUGGACUCAUGGUCUUUGGAUUCGCAUUAAAAUGGUCUACGAAUCUGUUUUGUGGCAGAUGACCUAAGUGGCGCGUGUCAUGGUGGACAUGUGGCCUAACUAUUGAUAGGAGUCAUAUGGUCUAGAAGGCGCAUGGCCGGACCAAGCGAUAUACUUCAUGAACAUGAAUUCUUUUUGUUUAUGAUAGCAGAAGGUGAUGGCAUGAGCCAAUAGAUAAACUCAUGGAAAGAUAUAGUGGGUAGAAAGCUUAUUCUGGUCUAUGGGCUCGCAUGUCUCUAGUCUGGUCUCUUCCUGAGCGGAUCUGUAGUGGUUCGUUAGUAUAUGAUACCUUGUUAACUGUAAUGGAAGUUAAGUUCAGUGUUAAAAAAAUAAAAUUAACCGGUCGCAUUUCAUAUUUAUAGGAUAACAAAGGGCAAAAUAGACUUUGUAGAAAUAAGGGUUUGUGGUGCCGUCGACAUUUAGGGUUUCAAGUUAACUAACUCUCCUUGAUACUCUUAGUUUCGUCGUCGUCACUGAAUCUACUCAGCACAUUACUCUCGGCGAUAAGUCCAGCUUCCCGGAGAAUAAGGAGAGUAACAAUAUGGCGACAAACGCACACCUCUCCCAGAAAGAAUCCGACAUACGAAUGAUGAUUGCCUCUGAGGUUCACCUCGGAACCAAAAACUGCAAUUACCAGAUGGAACGUUACGUCUACAAGAGACGCAACGAUGGUAUAUAUAUCCUCGACCUAGGAAAAACAUUGGAGAAGUUGUACAUGGCUGCACGAGUCAUCGUUGCCAUUGAGAACCCACAACACAUUAUCGUUCAAUCUGCUAGACCUUAUGGUCAGAGAGCUGUUCUCAAGUUUGUGCAAUACACUGGUGCUAAUGCCAUUGCUGGAAGGCACACUCCUGGUACUUUCACAAAUCAGAUGCAGACUUCCUUCAGUGAGCCUAGGUUGCUCAUUCUUACAGACCCUAGGACUGACCAUCAGCCAAUCAAGGAAGGUGCUUUGGGGAACAUUCCCAUCAUUGCCUUUUGUGACACAGACUCUCCCAUGAGAUUUGUCGACAUUGGGAUCCCCGCUAACAACAAGGGAAAGCACAGCAUCGGUUGUCUCUUUUGGAUUCUUGCUCGCAUGGUCCUUCAGAUGCGUGGAACUAUCCGUCCUGGACAGAAGUGGGAUGUGAUGAUGGAUCUGUUCUUUUACAGAGAGCCUGAGGAGGCUAAGCAACUUGAAGAUGAAGAAGCUGCUCCUCAAGCAGAUUUUGCUGCCCCUGAAUAUGGAGUUUCCGGUGGAGACCAAUGGACCACUGCUGGGAUUCCUGAUGCUUCAUGGACAGGAGAAGCUCAGCAGCCAAUCAGUGCUGCUCCAGCUGCAGAUGGUUGGGACACAGCUUUGCCACCUCCAGCAGCGGUUCCAGCCGCUGGUUGGGAUUAAUUUUUGUGGUCCUCUUUGAGAUUCAAGCGUUGUAGCUUCUCAUUUUUUUUCUCGUUAAGAUAGAUAACAAUUUUGCGGCUUUUUUUUUUUGUUGUUUUGAAUUGAAUUUAUACUAAAUUAUUUUUUUAGGCAUCUGAUAUUUUACAAGAUUCCCUUACGUGAUAUAUCAAUAAAAACUUUAACCUGCGUGAUAUACUAAAUUAUUGCUUCAUAAGAGCAUUAAGUUUGUUUUGCUUAAUGAGUUUAAUAUCUUGAAUAUAUAUGGUUAGUUAGAUUAUAAGAAUUUUAUCUGUACAUUUCAAAACACUUUCUCUACAAGGGAAAGACAGAACUCUACUGCAUCUCCUUAUACUAGGAGCAUGCAAGUUCUUUAUUUGAGUUUUCUUGUCUACUUAAGUUUAAAACUGUAUGUGACACUCCAACUUGUAUCUGCAUCCUGUAAAGUUGCCUUUACUUGUUUGUAGAUCAAAUAUUAUUGA